UCAAAAUAAAGUUACAGCUAAACAUGUCCCCGCUCUCAGGCUUCUGUCUGUUUUGCGUUCUUGUUGUUUUCCACGUGAAUCGUAUCAAAACGUUACCUAUAUUGGCUAAGCCUUGGCCAUUAAGAAGAAGAAAAAAAAAUAAGUUUUCCGCGUAAGAUGAGAAUAUAUACGUGAUAUUUAAAAGAAACUAGAAUAAAAAGAAUAAAUACAGAAGAAUUAAAUGACACCUGUUAUUAAUUUACGGUUAACAUAAAGUGUAAGAUAUGAAUCGAAUUGAUGAAUUGUUGAAAACAUCCGUAGCUCGUUUUAUUGGAGGAUUGUGGAUAAAGAUAAAAAUUUGACGGCAAAAAUGAAAGUGCUGGAGUUAUACAGUGGUAUCGGAGGAAUGCAUUAUGCGCUCUGUGAAAGUGGAAUUGCAGGAGAAGUUGUUGCAGCGAUUGAUAUAAAUCCUAUCGCGAACGAUGUUUACCACUAUAAUUUUCCAAAGACUACUCUUAUGAACAGAAAUAUACAGUCAAUUAGUACACAGGAAUUAAAUAAGUUGAAUAUAGAUGCUAUAUUUAUGAGUCCUCCAUGUCAGCCUUUCACUAGGUUAGGAUUAAAAAAGGAUAUUCUUGAUAACAGAACUUGUUCCUUCCUACAUGUUUUGAAUUUAAUACCAGAAUUAAAAAGCUUGAAAUAUAUCUUGCUUGAGAAUGUCAAAGGUUUCGAAGUAUCUCAAGUAAGAAGAAGACUGAUAGAUUGCAUGAAAAGCUGUGGAUAUAUCUAUAGAGAAUUAAUAUUAAGCCCAUGUCAAUUUGGCAUACCAAAUAGUAGAUGCAGAUAUUAUUUAUUGGCAAAGAAGAAUGAUCUGAAAUUCUGUUUUAAGCAACUUCCGCUGGAAAAUACAGAAGAUUUGUUGCCUGAAUUAUUAGAAUUACUGUCUAAAAGUGAGCAUUUAACAUCAGAUAAAAAGAACAAUCCAAAACCUGGCAGAUGUUAUACAUUAGAUAAUAUUUUGGAACAUGUUGAAGUAUCCAAAUAUCUAGUGCCUUCCAAACUGUUACAAAAGAGAGCAUGGGUGUUAGAUAUACGGACAUCUACAAGCAAUGGUUCUUGUUGCUUCACCAAAGGAUAUGGUCAUUAUGCAGAAGGUACAGGAUCUGUCUAUUGUCCAUUUACACAUGAAACAAUUAAAUUAAAAUAUAAUGAAGCCGACAAUCACGAAAAUGAUUUAGAUAAACAAAGGCAAAUUUUGUCAGAAUUAAAACUUCGAUUUUUUUCACCCAGAGAAAUGUGUCGAUUAAUGUAUUUUCCAGAAGAUUUCGAUUUUCCAAAGCACAUUACAGACAAACAGAAAUACAGAUUGCUAGGAAAUUCUAUCAAUGUUUAUGUAGUUAGUAAAUUAAUAUUUUUAUUAUGUACCGAAAAUGAAGAUACAUGAGAAUCUAA